AUGUCUGAACCUAUAUGGGAUGGUGAAGAAAGGUCGGGUGUACUAUCAUCAAAUUUAAUGUUUAGUGAUUUAUUUUUAAACUGGUCUAGUAUGUCACAUCAAGCCUGGACUAUUGCUGACUUACCUCACCGACGUUGGAAGUUAAAAUAUUUACCUGAUGAAUUUCGUGCAGAAGAUACCCGAGAUGAAAACCAUCCUUAUUAUAGUUUAUUACAAACCUUUGACCAAUUAAGAGACCUUCAAUUCACUACUGAUGAUAUUCCGGUGUUAACAUGUUUAGAACCAAAAUUAUUACAGAUCGGCAAGAUCAUCGAUAAAUUGAUUGACCUUCCAGGACCUUACGCUAAAGGAAUAUUUGAUUUUACAGCACUUUCAGCUUAUGUUCAUACUAUUAAUGAUUUAUGGUCAAAAAAAAAUCAAAUGUUUUUAACACCAAUAUGGCGACAACCUUGGGAAUACAGGCAUCCUUCUCAACAUUAUAGUGAAAGUUUAGUUUAUGAUCCAAUACUUUUCUCACAACUUUCCCAAAUCAAUCUAAUAUUAGACUGGUGGCUGGGAAAACCACAAUUUGAUUUCUGGAUCGGCAUCAUUGAUCUUAAUUUUGAUAGUUUUCAAACUCAAUUGGAAGCUUAUGUUCAUUGGUGUAAUGAAAGUGAAGAGGAAAUUGAUAUCGAAGGAAUUGGCAACAAAGAGAAAACUCCUUCCACUAAAAAGAUUUAUAUGCUUAAGGUUAUUGAAGAUGACUUGAGUGAAUGCGAUUGGAGUAGUUCAUCAGAUUACUAA